AAAAAAAGAGCGGUUCCGACGAGCAGGCGGGUUAAACUUGUUCAAUAUCGGGCAUAACGGGACCGCUAUCUCAAGAAUUACAAAGAGCGAAACUGUGUCAGCGGCUUGUCCCCGCGCGUGGACGGUUAACGGCGUCUUUGUUGACGGCUGCGCAUCGCCAUCUUGAAGGAUGAGUCACGUCCUCGGGGACGCCGCGUACCACAACGAGGAGAGCAAGAAAGAGUUUCAAAAUGCCAAGGACAAGCCUGGCAUUCAUAUCUACAAUCCCAAAACACCAGUAGAACUACAUCUCCCAGGAGGAAUACAGCAGUUCAACGACGUCUUCAUGGAAUGCACCUUUCGGAAGGAUAUGAAGACCGUAUCGUUCGAGUACUGGUGGAGCGCGCGGAUGGACAUGCCGCUGUUGGAGCUGCUCACGGAGCAGCUCAGGCCGGGUGUGCUGAACUACACGCUGGACGACUACCACAUCAGGCACUACAUGAUACCCGAGAUCAACUACAAGUUCGAGCUGGGCAAGGCGCACGAGCUGGAGUUCCACCUCGGGAUGAAGGAAGGAUUCCCGGUGUACUCGCUCGAGCCGCCAGAGUCUGAAGAGCAUGAAGAGCAUGAAGAGCAUGAAGAGCCUGAAGAGCAUGAAGAGCCUGAAGAGCCUGAAGAGCCUGAAGAGCCUGAAGAGCCUACAGAGCCUUCCGAGGACGCGGAAUCUGCUCGUGCUAAAUGGCGCCUGAAGAGCGUCUAUCAACCAGGGGUCGGAUAUCCAGAGAAGCUGAAGAAUAUAUUGUCCGUAAGAAUCGAUGGCAGGUAUUCUCUGUUUGAGCUUCUCGACCGGUACGCUGAUGCCUCACCCUACGACCGCUUCUACAUAAAGGGCGACCUCGACAUAAAAUCGAUCAGAAUUCCUUACGAAGACCCUCUGCCGGUGCCCAUGUCCCUGCCACUUACUUCGGCGGGUAUACUGAAAGGCGACCGCUACGAGAUAAAAGGGAAGAAUCCAAGGAACGCCGAACAGUUUCGGCUCGUCUUCGGUGACCAGUCGCUGGAGGUUCCUCUCGGCGUCGAGCACGAGGAGUUCUCGCUGGAAGUUACGGGCGAAGAAGACGGCCUUUGCACGGCAAAACUUAACGGUGUCGAACUGCCGGGCGUCAUCAGCAAGGGUCCCUUCCUCGCAGACAGAAUGGUCUUGGAAGGCGACGUCGACUUCCACUGGGUCAUCAUUACCAAGCCUGGCGCGCCUGAAGCAGCGAUCGAAGACGGCAAAGAAAAGGAACCAGCAAAGGAGGAAGCCAAGAAGGAAGACGAAGCCGCCAAGGCCUAGCGUGACGGUUGCUGCUUCAGCAAGGCAUAUUAUGCCGCAAUAAAAUAAACCAGAGCUGGAACCAGCAAAAAGUAUAAAUCCAGUAUUAACGUGACAUUUGCAUUUGUUUCGAGAUUAAUAAGCGCUUUCGCUUAUGAAAAAUGCAGCUUUGCGAGAGCAAGAGAGAAGUAAUUAAAACAAAGGCACGCAGGGAGGUUAACUAAGCGGGGCUCGGUUGGCCACCCGGCACUGUGGAAGGGAGAACGGGCACUAAAGGAUGAGUAGAAGUUUUGAGGUAGACAUAACGUUCUCCGGACUGCCCAUGAUGUACCUUCGCGUGUGUGUCCCUGGGAAAUAAAAAUGCGACGUUCGCUAUGACCUGACGUUAAAAUCGAUGGUUGAACCACGAAGCGCUAUGUAGACGCAUCCACUCUGAAUCCAAGGCGUUAAUUUUUGUUAAUGCAGUGUAUGAUGUACUAUCCUGCUGGCGUGUGUUGAAAAAGUGUCGUGCUUUUUUUAAAGCCAUGAGCUCCCCAGCUAAAACCACGAGCAGCACACUUUAUGUGAUGAGGGACAGUCGACGAUUCUAAACAAAAGUAUAUGAAAUUCGGCUUUUCUUUUCACAAGAAACGUGUAAGCAAGCUUUAAGUUCUUCUAAACGCUGCACGUUUAGCAGCCCACAGAACAUCAAUAUAGGCAUGACCAGCCAUGCACGUCAGGAUAUCAGUGAAGCUAUUGCCUGCGUCGACUGACACACUUAACGUGGCGCCUGAAAUCUCCGCGUCAUGAAAGAUUAUUGAAUUAGUCUGAACCUGAACGGGCAUAAUUUUAGUCCUGUAUGUGGACUGUUAAGAUACAAAACUGAAUAUCAUUCACGCGGUGUUCACACUGCUACACAAAAUCGCAAAUAAUCCCUAACCUUAGGUGACGGCAUCAUCCAUGCACUAACACAGACACUAGAUUCAAAUCUACAGCUCAAUAAUGUGUCGGGGUUCUAACUGUAUUGAUUUAUUCAUCUCUCGGCAACUUGGUCACUUUCUAUGUCCGUGCUAACAAACGAAAACCGGUGCACCAUACACGAAAUGUGCUGCUAGUAUUCUUAAGAGGAUGAUGUCAUGGAGACGCAGGAACUAACAGCGCUACAUAGCUAAGUCACAAACAAUAUGUUGACGAAAUGAAAAAGCACGGAUCGAAAAGUGAACCAGCACACGCGACUCCAUUGCCGGUUAUAAAGUGUCCAUUGUUAAUAACACAUAUUUUAUGCGGAUUGUAUUUUGUGAUCUAGUCGCUUGUCGAUGGCAGGUGUAAUUGGAUGCCGAUGUGAGAGGGCUCUGGUCAAGCGCAAAUAAGUAAGAUAGGAACAAUCUAUGUCAGGCUUUGAUGGAUUAAUCU